GCUGCAGAGAUCGCGUGGAGGCGCGGCGGUCGCGCCUUCUCCCGUGGAGCUUCAAGCUGGGUACCUUGGGGGCUAUGCAGAGGGCUGGGGCUGGGGGCCGGAGAGCCUCGGACUGUGGGCCUGCCCCUUACCGGCCCAGGUGCAUCACCAAGUUUGCCCAGUAUGUGGGCUCCUUCCCUGUGGAUGACCUGGACACACAGGACAGCGCCUGCCUUGUGCGGCAUCAGCUGAGGGCCCUGAAGGACUGCCCCCGACGCCGGGCUGUCAUCCUGAAAUUCAGCCUUCAAGGUCUCAAGAUCUACAGCGGGGAAGGCGAGACGCUCCUCAUGGCCCACGCCCUGAGACGUGUCCUUUAUGCCACGUGGUGCCCAGCCAACUGCCAGUUUGCCUUUAUCGCCCGGAACCCACGAAGCCCGGCCAGCAAGCUCUUCUGUCACCUCUUCGUGGGCAGCCAGCCUGGAGAGGUCCAGGUCCUGUACCUGCUGCUCUGCCGCUCCUUCCAGCUUGCUUACCUCGUGCAGCACCCGGAGGAAAGGGCCCAACCCGAGCCCAGCCCAGGCCCCACAGGGGACUGGCCCCUGCAGCCACUCUUCAGCCCUGGGGGACCCCCUGCCCUGGUGCGGGAACCCUUCAGCCGGGAUCAGCUCUCACAGAACGUCCAAGCCCUGGUCUCCUUUCGGCGGUUGCCUGCAGAGGGGCCCCUGGGCAGCAGUGGGAAGGAGCUGCCUGAGGCUGACAGCCGAGGAGGGGCCCGGCACACUCGCCUGGGGAACCCAUACUGCUCGCCCACACUGGUGCGCAAGAAGGCCAUCCGCAGCAAGGUGAUCCGCUCCGGGGCCUACCGAGGCUGCACCUAUGAGACGCAGCUGCAGCUGUCGGCUCGGGAGGCCUUUCCUGCUGCAUGGGAGGCGUGGCCCCGAGGUCCUGGUGGCCCAGCAACAUGCCUAGUGGAGGGGGACGGUAGCCUGACAGAGAACAUCUGGGCGUUCGCUGGUCUUUCCAGGUCCUCUGCCCUGGCCCUGCUGCGGAGAGACGUGCUUGGGUCCUUCCUGUUGUGGCCUGAGCUGGGCACUAGUGACCAGUGGUGCCUGUCAGUACGAACACAAUGUGGCGUGGUGCCCCACCAGGUCUUCCGUAACCACAUGGGCCGCUACUGCGUGGAGCACUUGCCAGCAGAGUUCCCCAGCCUGGAGGCCCUGGUGGAGAACCAUGCUGGCAUGGAGCGCAGCCUCUUCUGUCCCCUCGACAUGGGCCGCCUGAACCCCGCCUACGAGGAGCAGGACUGUGGGCCCGAGGGCAGGCCCCCCCGGACUCUGCGGCCCCUUGGCCAUGCCAAGUCAGAGGCAGAAUUGCAGGGCCUGGGCUAG